AAACAGUUAAAGCUGAAUAAUCUCGAGUGAUUGUAAAUGUGAUGAUCAUCUGCUAAAUGAGCAACAACGACCACAAUUCACUCCUUCAGUCAGUGAAGCUCCCACAGCCGUUCAUGAGAGUUUAAAUGCUGGGGAAUAUUCCCAUCUUCCCACAGGAGAAGAAGAAGCAAGCAGGAGGAAUUACUCCAGGAGAAACUACGGACAUACUAUUGUAAAGAUGGAGAUUAAGGAAGAACCCUGCAGAAUAAAAGAUGAAGAUACAGAGGAACAAAUAGACCCAAUAGAAGUGAAUGAAGACAAACGGCAUCCGUUUAAAAAAUCUCAUCAUUUCAAAGGUGAAGAUGGAAAUGCAGUCGUUUCAAAGACUGAAGAGAAUUUCACACAAAAACAAGCUGGAAAAUCUGGAGUCAAAGGAUCUUUCACCUGCUCUGAGUGUGGAAAGAGUUACGUGCAUAAACCAGACCUUAAGAGGCACAUGAGAAUUCACACUGGAGAAAAUCUGUUUGCAUGCACUCAGUGUGGAAAGAGUUUUAUACACAAAAGAAACUUAAAUGACCACAUGAGGAUUCACACUGGAGGAAAACCUUUCACCUGCACUCAGUGUGGAAAGAGUUUCACUUACAAAAGAAAUCUCAGUGAUCAUCUGCACACUCACUCUGGAGUGAGAUCAUUCAGCUGUGAUCAGUGUGAUAAAACAUUUGUUGUGGCAUCAGGCUUAAAAACACACCUUAAAGUUCAUGCUGGUGCGAAGCCUCAUGUUUGCUCUUUUUGUGGAAAUAGUUUUUCACUACUGAAAAAUUUACAAGUUCACCAGCGUAUCCAUACUGGUGUGAGACCUCAUGUCUGCUUUGACUGUGGGAAGAGCUAUAGUACAUCGAGCAACUUAAAAACACACCAGAGAAUUCAUACUGGAGAGAAACCGUACAAGUGCUCACACUGUGGAAAGAGUUUCUCUCAGUCAGGAGUCAUGAAAGCUCAUGAGAGAGUUCAUACUGGAGAGAAGCCGCACCAGUGCUCUUCAUGUGGGAAGAGUUUCACCUUCUCUUCUAAUUUAAAAGUGCAUGAGCGUAUUCAUACUGGUGUGAGACCUUAUAUGUGCUCUGACUGUGGACAGAGCUUUAAUACAUCCAGUGCCUUAAAAUCACAUAAGAGAGUUCAUACUGGAGAGAAACCGUACAAGUGUUCACACUGUGGAAAGAGUUUCUCUCAAAUGAAAUCCUUGAAAGUUCAUGAGAGAGUUCAUACUGGAGAGAAACCGUACAAGUGCUCUUCGUGUGGGAAGUGUUUCGUCCAAAUAUCUAAUCUACGGUAUCAUGAGAAAAUGCAUUGUCUGAAGUUGCCUAAAUGAGCAAAUGCUCAUCUUCAGAUCCAUCAUUCACAAAUAAUACACAUACAAGUAAUAAUUUAACAUUCAGAUUCAGCAAAAGCUGGAAUUUGUUUCAAUAGUGAUUUAAUCUAAAAAGGAAAUUUGCUCAAAUUAGUUUGAUCAUUUGUGAAAUUAAUUUUUCUCAGGGUCAUUAAUAGUUCAUGAAACUA